UAAAUUUGAAUAUGCUGACAAGGUUAUAAAAGAACUAAAAUCUGUAAACGAAAGAUGGAUUAUAGAUUUAGAAAAUCAAACCAUAAUAAAAAAUAAAAUAAUUGGUAAUAGUUUACUGAAUGCUUCAUUUUUAGUCUACGCUGGUCCAUUUUCAUUAGAAUAUCGUGAAAGAAUCAUUUUUAAUGAUUGGUACAAUCAUAUUAUUGAUUUGGGAUUACCAAUUGACUUGAACAUUGAACUAGAAAAAGAACUAAUUGAUGAAAAAGUGAUAUAUGAUUUAAUUUCAAAUUGUUUGCCUUGUGACAAAUACACAAUUCAAAAUGGAAUAUUGAUGACUCAAUCGAAUCGAUAUCCUCUUUGUAUUGACCCACAUAAUCAAGGAUUUAAUUGGAUUAAAAACCAUGAAAAAAAUAAUUCAUUAAAAAUUCUUUCAUUUGGUGAUAAUGAUUAUUUUGUGCAUUUUAAAAAUGCUUUGCAAUAUGGACAACCAGUAGUUUUUAUCGAUUUUGAAAACAUAAAUUUAGAUAUAAAAGAUUUAUUAAAUAAAAAUAUACAAUCGGAAUCAUUGGAUUCUGAAUUUAUUGAGAUUGAUGAUAAAAAAUAUAAGUUCAAUAAAAACUUCAGAUUAUACUUGAUGACUAAACAAACUAAUCCAAAAAUUACAACAUUCAUUUACUCCAAUAUGACUGUAAUAAAUUGUUCUAUCACACAAGAAGGAUUGGAAAGUCAACUACUAAAUUUGGUGAUAAAACAUGAAAUAAAAGAACUAGAAGAUAAGAAAGAAUUAGUUGUAAAAAAUAUAUAUCAAAAUAAGGAAGCACUUGAAGAAUUUAAAAAUACGUUUAUAAAAGAAAUCAUAAAUUGCACCGAACCUUUGAUUGAUAAUCCACAUCUUUUAAAUAAACUCGAAGAUAUAAAAUUGAAAAUUAAUUUAUGUUCUACAGAAUUAAAAUCGUCUAUUGAAUUAAUGUCUUUAGUUGACCAGUCUAGGGAUGUUUAUAAAUCUGUAUCACAAAAAGGAACUUUAUUUUAUAUGUCUCUUUCUGGAUUAAAAGAUAUCAACCCUUUGUAUCAAUUUUCAAUACAGUCGUUCAUGAAAUUGUUUUUGAAUUCAAUUGAUUCAGCAAAAAAAGAUCAAAAUGUAUUGAACAGGAUAUCAAAUAUUAUUUUUCAACUUACAAAUGAUGUUUACGAAUUUAGUAGUAUCAGUAUUUAUGAAAAACACAACUUAUUAUUUUUAUUUCAAAUAGCGUGUACGUUAGAUAGAGAUGCAGGACAUUUAUCGAAUUCUGAAUUAAUAUUCUUCAUCAAAGGUAAAAUUAUAGGCUCUGAAAAUGUUACCAUAAAAAACCCAACAACAUGGUUAUCAAAUAAAUGUUGGCAAAAUGUUGUUAAUUUAAGCACGAACUUUAAAAAUUUUUCGAAUUUGACUGAACAUAUUUGUAAUAACACCGUCAAUUGGAAAGAGUGGUUUUAUUCAGAAUAUCCAGAAUCUGAAAAUACAAUACCUAUCAAAAUAACUAAAUGUUUUGAAGUCUUAAUGCUAAUAAGAUGUUUUCGAACUGAUCGAGUGUAUCAAUCUGUUGAAAAUUACGUUUAUAAAAUGAUUGAAGUAAAUCAUGAGAAGUGCAUCAAUAACAAAAAUACAAAUCUUGAAAAUAUACAUAAAAAAUUUUCAAAUUUAACACCAUGUAUUUUAAUAUUAAAUAACGGAUCUGAUCCGAUAAAGGAUCUGACUAAUCUUGCAGAAAAAAAUGAUAUAACUGGUCCAACGUACAAGGUUCUUUCAUUAGGAACUUUCAAUGAAGACGUUAUUUAUUCAGCUUUGAAAUCCGCAAUGUACCGCGGAAAUUGGUUGAUUGUACAAAACUGUAAUUUUUCUGUUCAUUUUCUAUACGAAACUGAAUAUAUAUUAGAACAAUCAAAUGAAAGUUGGCAUCCAAACUUUAGAUUAUGGUUAAUAUUUAAUGGAGAUUCAUUAUCGAGUGAUUCAUUUCCAAUAUCUCUCUUGCUCAGGUCAUUAAAAGUUAUUAUUGAACCUUCGAAUCAUAUGAGGAUAAGUAUGCAGAAAACUUUAGAUAAAUAUGAUUUUGACGAUCAAGAAGAUAAAAAUCAACAUCCUGCUUUCAAAUCAUUACUAUAUACAUUACUAUUUUUCCACGGAAUAUUAUUAGAACGCCAAAAAUACAAUCAAUUUGGAUGGAGUAUACCAUACAAUUUUGAAUAUUCUGAUUAUGAUAUGUGUCAACUAAUAAUUACUAUCUUCUUGAAAAAAAGUGUAAAAAAUGAAAUACCUUGGACUACAUUUAAAUAUUUAAUCGGUGAAAUCAUAUAUGGAGGAAAAGUAAUCGAUAACUAUGACCGCCAAAUUCUUUUGACAUACGUGGAUGAAUAUUUUGGUGAUUUCAUACAUAGUUCUUACCAACCGUUCAGCUUUUAUAACUGCAAAGAUUGUUAUAAGCCAGUAAAAUACAUAGAGGCGGAAAGAAAACUAUUUGAAAGUAAUAAACACAGUUUAAAAGAAGUAGUUAAUGAAUUACCAUUGUCUAUUAACCCGGAAGUUUGCGGAUUAAAUUCAAAUGUUUUAUUUGAAUACCACAAUAAUUUGGUUAGACUUUUGUGGACAGACAUGAUAAAGUUAUAUCCAAGUGUUGAUAUAGUUUAUGAUGAAAACACUGAUUGGGAUAAAGUUGUACAAAAUACUACUGAAGACAUUUUAAAAUCAUUGCCUGAACUUUAUAAUAUAAAUAAAGUAAAAUUGUUUUACGGAGAUAAAUGUUUUGCUCCUAAUAUUAUAGUUUUACUUCACGAACUUGAGAAAAUUAACGCGUUAUUAGACGUAAUAAGAAACAACCUAUCACAACUCUCAAAGGUAUUUUUGGGAAAAGUGGAAAUGAAUUCGAUGUUAGAAGAAGUUUCAAUGUGUUUAUACGCCGGUCGUGUUCCGGAUUGCUGGAGCAAAUUAUCACCACCGUCGGUUAAAUCAUUGCCAGGUUAUAUUCAACACCUUACAAAACGUACACUUCAAUAUUCGAAUUGGAGCCAAAUUAGAGAACCUUUAGUCAUGUGGCUGUCAGGGUUACACUCACCAAAAUCAUACCUCACAUCUUUGAUACAAUUGGCAUGUAGAAAAUACGGUUGGUCAAUUGAACACAGUAUGUUUUAUACAUCUGUUACUCAGUGGACUUGUGAAAGCGAAGUCCAACGAGAACCAGACGCUGGAUGUUACAUCACCGGAUUAUAUUUAGAAGGUGCACGUUGGGAUAUGGACAAACAAUGUUUGACAGAAUCUGCUUUUCAAAAUAUAUUUGAAAAGUUGCCAAUUUUGGCUAUUAUUCCUAUUGAAACUCGCUUGCUAAAAUUACCUAAGAGUUCAAUUACCAUACCAGCUUAUGUGACUUCGAAACGAGGAAAUUCGAUGACCGAUAAUUGUGUGUUUCAAGCCAAUUUGAAUACACUGCUGCAUAAGAGUUUUUGGAUUUUACGAGGGGUUUGCAUUGUUAUGAAUACUGAUUAA